CAAAUCCUGAGAAGUUAUUCCCGUUAACUACUCAAAUAAGCGUAGCAUAUAUAAAGAAGCGAUCGCAAAACUUAUAAAUUUCACACCAAAAGCUUUUCUUCUCCAUUGUCUUUCUCUGCAUUCUUCAAAGAUAUCUUCAUGAGUUCAAACUGUGCUGCUGCAUCCACUGUUUCCUGUAAAUCGGGAAACAAGAACGACUUCUUUUUCUGGAUUUUGGUUUGCUUACUCCCAACUUUCCUUGGAACUCCUGUUGCAUUCGAAAACUUUCUCUUGUUUAAGGCCAUUGUCAGGUCUCCCUCUUCAUCCGUUUGCAUCUCUGCUUUUUUUGGAGAGAUCAACCUAUAGAAUCCCAGGUUCUUUUUCCCCUCUUUUCAAGAUACGUUGUCCUCAUUUGAUAUAGCCAACAUGGUUUUCUCUAAAUUGUCUAGGCCCUUCCCGAAACACUUGCUUCUUCCAGUGAAACCACCUGAUGCUCUUCCCUCUGAUUAUGCUGAGUUUGAUUUUUCCGAUGUAUUUGGUCCUGCAACUUGUCAAGCCUCACCGCAAGUUUCUUUUGAAAACUCUAAAAAUUUGGUUGUUGGUUCAGAUGCUAGUGGAUCACUUUAUAAGGACCCCGCUGUCAUCUGUAGUCGGUCCCAUUCCUUGGUGGGCCCCUCAAGUCAUGUUAAUCAUCAGUUGAAGCUCAGCAAACUCACAUUGUGUGACCCGGACGAAGAUUCCUUGGAACUCAUAAAGCCAGUUACUGAAGAAUCAGGAAAAGAACUUACUAAACCUUGCACUGCUGUGGGGCUCGAAGAUUUUGAAGUUCUAAGGGUUGUUGGCCGAGGUGCUUUUGCAAAGGUGUAUCAAGUGAGGAGGAUUGGUACUUCAGAAAUAUAUGCGAUGAAGGUCAUGAGGAAAGAUAAGAUAAUGGAGAAAAAUCAUGCUGAAUACAUGAAAUCUGAGAGAGACAUAUUAACAAAAGUGGAUCAUCCCUUCAUCGUGCAGCUUAGAUAUUCAUUCCAAACCAAAUAUAGACUCUACCUCGUGCUUGAUUUUGUUAAUGGAGGUCAUCUUUUCUAUCAGCUCUACCGCCAAGGCUUGUUCAGAGAGGAUUUGGCACGUAUAUAUACUGCUCAGAUUGUUUCUGCUGUCUCUCACCUCCAUGCAAAUGGCAUAAUGCAUAGGGAUCUCAAACCUGAAAAUGUUCUUCUAGAUGCAGAUGGGCAUGUGAAGUUGACAGAUUUUGGGCUGGCAAAGCAGUUUGAUGAAAAUACAAGGUCAAACUCCUUGUGUGGAACUUUAGAAUUUAUGUCCCCUGAAAUCAUUCUUGGGAAAGGCCAUGAUAAGGCUGCAGAUUGGUGGAGUGUUGGAAUCCUUUUGUAUGAAAUGCUUACGGGAAAGCCACCUUUUACUGGAAAUAGACAAAAAAUUCAACAGAAGAUUAUAAAGGAUAAGAUUAAGCUCCCAUCGUUUUUGUCAAGCGAAGCACAUUCGCUCUUGAAAGCGCUGCUGCAGAAAGAACCAAGCAAGCGCCUUGGUUGUGGACCAGGUGGAAGCGAGGAGAUAAAAUCUCACAAGUGGUUCAAGUCAAUCCACUGGAAGAAAUUGGAGGCAAGGAAAAUCAGGCCAAGCUUUCUCCCAGAGGUUGCAGGUAACCUUUGUGUUGCCAAUUUUGAGGAGUGCUGGACCAACAUGCCAAUCCUGGAUUCUCCAGCUACUACUCCAAAAUCCAAUGAAAAUCCGUUCAAGGGGUUCACUUAUGUAAGGCCUGGAUCGUUUCUUCAGACUCCGCCUUAGAAGUACAAGCUUAGAAAGCUUGGAUAAUUGCCUAUCAAACCCACUGCCGAGUUAGGGCAGAUGGUUGAAUAGACAGAAUUGCCUUUGUUUUUUACUUGAUGAGCUAGCUAGAGAACAGAUAUAUCCCGUAGUCUUUGAACGCAACUUUUCUAUAAAAAAUGAAGUGAAAUAAAGGAAAUUAUUAAGCAGUAAAA